CCUCAUCAUUACACCACACAGAUUUUUGCUACCUGCUAUUGUCUGUGGCUUUCCUUUACUCUAACUUCACCAAUAAACGUGAUUGUGUUAUUAUUUUCCGAUGAGUGUUGAGAACAAUAUCUUGCUUUUACCACUGAAUGAUUCUCCUGUGAUUCAGUGGUCAUUGAUAGUGCUAAGUUCUGCCAUGUUAUUGGUCAAUAUCAUGAUGAGUGGUUGUUUGCUAUGUAUGAUAAAGAGUCGAUUGGGAAGGAGAGGAUUAUGUAGAACACUUGUAAAUACACUAACUUGUAAUUAUUGUUGUAAAAAUUCGGAGAAAACGAAACCACUCAUGAAAAAGAGGGAUAGUGGUGAAUAUUAUGGAAUGAAUGAUGAGAUGGAUUUUAAGAGUAUGCAAAUUAAAUCACCAAUGUGGGAUCAAGGGUUGAUAAUUCAAAUUCGAUAGUAAUUGAUUUGAAUGAUAGUGGUUUAACGGAUUUAAAUACUAGCUCUCAUAUUGCUGAAGAUUUGAAUGCACAUUUCAACAAGUUGAAACCUGUUGAAAAUCCAGAAGAGUUACCAUACAAUGAUUUGUCAAAGGAAUUGAAUGAUGCGAUCAUUCGAGUCUCUCCGCAAUUGAGAAGUAUGAGUAUUUCAUCUGAUGAUUUGGAAUUGAUGGAACAAAUUGGUGUUGGUAGUAGUGGAGUUGUUUAUAAGGCACGAUAUCUCAAUGUUCUUGUUGCAGUCAAGCAAUGCUUAAUUUGUGACUUGUUGGAGGAUCCACUGAAAGAGUACAUGAAGGAGACUCAAAUAAUGAGUACAAUCAGACAUCCAAAUAUUGUGCAGUUCAUUGCUGCAUCUAUCAAACCUCCAUUCUUUUAUAUUGUCACAGAAUAUUGCUCGAGAGGAAGUUUAGACAAACUAUUGAAAACAUCCUAUUCUGGAAGAUUACAAAAGAGCUCUUUCAAAUCUGGACUCACCCUGAAAAAGAAAUGUAAAUUGCUAUUGGACGCUGCUAACGGACUGAACUAUCUCAAAUCAAAAAAUAUUAUUCACUCUGAUGUGAAAGUAUCUAACUGCCUUGUAACUAAUGACUGGACUCUAAAGAUUUCAGAUUUUGGUAUUGCUAGGCUAUUUAACAACAAACAAAAGAAGCACACUAAAUGUGGUACAGUUGAAAUUACUGCUCCAGAGAUUUUGGCAGAAGGUCAUUAUUCAUUCAAAGCGGAUAUCUACAGUUUUGGCAUUUGUAUAUAUGAGUUAAUUUUUGAAAAGGAGUUGUAUCCAGGACUCAACAUUUAUGAUAUUACACACAAAGUGAUUCAUGAAGAAAUGCGUCCAAAGAUACCAACCCAAACAGAGCUCAGGGAAAUGUUCUUUGGUGAGCACUUUAGAAUUGAGUAUAACGUUGUAAAUAAUUUGAUAAUCAAGCUCAUUACUAAAUGCUGGUCAGCAGACAUGAAUGCAAGACCUGAAUGGGAAGAGAUUUGUGAAACCUUGAAACAAUCCCUUGCACAACUGUCCCUUUCUACAAAUAGUGGAAGUUUUAGUAGAUUAAUCUCAAAUCCACUGGUUAGUAGCCCGGUAGGAAAAUCUAGAGCUCUGCAAACAUUCCCUAAAAAGAAGAAUGUGGCUUUCGAAUCAGAUGAAGAAUAAAUAAUGAUAUCAUUCAUCAC